AUGGCAGACAGCUUAGUUUCCUUUGUUUUAGAUCACUUAACCCAGCUUGUGGCACGGGAAGCUAGGUUGCUGUGUGGCGUGGAGGACGGGAUCCAGUCCCUCCAGAACGAGCUUCAAAUGAUCAACGAGUUUCUCAAUACCUCAAAGAGCAAGAAGGGUAUUGAAAAUACAGUUGUGAGCCAAAUCAGAGAUGUGGCACAGUUAGCUGAGGAUGUCAUCGACACAUUCGUAGCUAAAGUUGCUCUUCACAAGAGGAGAACCACGCUAGGGAGGAAGCUGCACGCCUUUGAUCAAGCAAGAUUGCUCCAUGACGUAGCUGGCAAAAUAGACAAGAUCAAAACCACUCUCAACGAAAUACGCGACGGCAAGAUCAAAUAUGAUGCUUUCAAAGAAAGCAAUAAAGAGGAGGAGACGAAAAGGGCCCAAUCACUGCACAAGCUAAGAAGAAAUGUGGAGGAAGAAGAUGUGGUUGGAUUUGUCCAUGACUCCAAGGUGGUCAUCAAGCGGCUCCUGGAAGGUGGUUCAAAUCGAAACACUGUCUCUAUCAUUGGCAUGGGGGGGUUGGGCAAGACCACCCUUGCCCGAAAGGUCUAUAACAGCAGCCAGGUGAAGCAACACUUUGAGUGUGGCGCAUGGGUUUAUGUGUCAAACGAGUGCAGAGUCAGGGAGCUUUUGCUUGGCCUUCUUACGCAUCUGAUGCCAAAUCCUGAAUACGAAUGCAGAGGCAAUAAGAAAGGUAAUAAAAAUCGAGACUUUUCUAGCUUGAGUGAGGAGGAGCUGAAGAAAAUGGUGCGGGAAUGCUUGGAGCGGAAAAGGUAUCUGGUGGUCGUAGAUGACCUAUGGAAAAGGCGAGAUUGGGACGAGGUGCAAGAUGCUUUUCCGGACAACAACAGAGGCAGCAGAAUAUUGAUCACUAGUCGUUUGAAAGAGGUGGCCUUGCAUACUAACCCUGAUCUUCCUUACUAUCUUCAAUUCCUCAAUGAAGAAGAAAGUUGGGAGCUGUUUCGCAAGAAAGUGUUCAGGGGUGAAGACUACCCUUCUGAUUUGGAGCCUCUAGGCAAGCAGAUAGUUCAAAGUUGUCGUGGCUUGCCUCUCUCCAUCGUUGUCUUAGCAGGGCUACUUGCCCACAAGGAAAAGUCACCGAGAGAAUGGUCUAAAGUGGUGGGUCAUGUUAAUUGGUAUCUUACUCAAGAUGAGACCCAAGUGAAGGAUAUAGUUCUCAAACUCAGCUACGACAACUUACCAAGGAGAUUGAAACCAUGUUUUCUGUAUCUUGGGAUAUUUCCUGAAGACUUUGAAAUCCCUGUUAGGAAAUUACUGCAAAUAUGGGUUGUGGAAGGUUUUAUACAAGAAACAGGGAAUAGAGACCCAGCUGACGUUGCAGAAGACUAUUUGUACGAGCUCAUUGAUCGUAGUUUGGUCCAAGUAGCAAGAGUGAAGACUAAUGGAGGUGUGAAGACGUGUCACAUACAUGAUCUUCUUCGAGAUCUUUGCAUAUCAGAGAGCAAAGAGGGCAAGGUUUUAGAAGUUUGCACAGAUAAUAACAUUUUAAUCCCGACAAAACCUCGCAGACUGUCCAUCCACUGUAAGAUCGGUCACUACUUUUCUUCAAGCAACAAUGAUCAUUCAUGUGUCCGUUCUCUGUUCUUCUUUGGCCCAGAUCACAAUUUAGUUCGAAGUGAGUGGAAAUGGCUUUCGGAAGACUUCAAAUUGGUUCGAGUGUUAGAGCUUGGAAGAAACAGCUAUGGAGGAAGGAUCCCUUCUAAUUUAGGGAACUUCAUCCACUUAAGGUACUUGAGAAUAGACCCAAAGAAUGUUACAUCUCUUCCAACUUCUAUACUUAACCUUUGGAAUCUACAAACCCUAGAUCUAGGUCAUCAUUGGCAAAGGAAGUUUCCAAUUUCUGUCCCUAUUCAAAUGUGGAAACUUAAACAUUUAAGGCAUUUGUAUACCCAAAGGCCUGUCAUGCUACGGGGUAGUUGUUCAGGAUCACAUGAGAUGAUGUGGAAUCUUCAAACCAUCUCUGCCAUAGUAGUCAAUAGGCAAGCGACAUCUCUGAUAAAUAAAGGAAUAUUUCCCAAUCUUAAAAGGAUAGGGUUGCGAAUUCCUUCAAGAUACAAAGGUGAAGUACCCCAAUUGUUGCAGAGCCUACAACAACUAAGUCAUUUGAACAAGUUAGAGAUAUACCUUCGAGAUAGGUAUGAUGUUAAAGUGCACUUAGAUGAAGAGAGUGUGGAAAGGAACAAUGGUUGCAAGCCACGAGAACUAUUACAAAGCCUAGUGCAAUUGAGUUGUCUAUCUGUCUUGAAGAUUGCCAAUAGCUUGGACCUUCUAACCUGUGACCUCAAAUUUCCUCCAAACCUUACAAAGUUAACGUUGUCAAGUGUUAAGUGCAUUAGUGAUGAAGGGAUAGAUGCUUUGGGAAAUCACACCAAACUAAAAAUCUUGAGACUACGGGGAGACAACGAAUUUUGGUGGCUUUCGGAUUCGUUUGACCUUAAUUGUGUUGGAGACAAGUUCCCACAACUGGAAGUGUUUGAAAUGAUGGAUUUAAACAUUGAAAACUGGAAAUUAGGCAAUGGUGCAAUGUUACGCCUUCAAAGUGUGGCCAUUCACCAAUGUAAAAGGUUACAUGAUCUUCCAAAUGAACUGUGGUCUUUGAGUGACUUGAGAAAAGUGAAGGUAACAUUUCCCUCGCAAACAAUGGCCUGCAUGCUACAGAGUUUGGAAAUAAACAACGGAAUUGAACUGGUAACAGAGGAUUAUUAG